UUGUGGGGUUGUCAAAUGUUUCACGUUAGUUUCAAAGGGAAUCGAGAUGGGGUAUGGGAUGGUUGUUGGUAAAACCAGCAUCAGCAUUUGACGUUUGAUUUAUCUUCUUCUGCUUCUCAUUCCCAAGUUCCCAUUACUCUUCUGGUUUUGGCGGGUCAAUGGUUUCAGAGUUUGGCAUAGAGCUUCUACUAGAGAAUUAUGAAGACUGGUGAAUUUGCUGAAGUUGUGAAGAAGAACUGAAUUCAGUGCUGAAGAGUAUGGAGGAGAAUAUAACUCGAGCAGAAGACCAAAAACCAUUGCUGCCGCCAACAUCAGCGCUGGUUGCAGUAGCUAUCAACGGAGGUAAAAAGAGCAAAUACGUUGUGAGGUGGGCAUUGGAUAACUUUGUUCCGGAGGGAGAGGUUUCCUUCAAGUUGCUACACGUCCGCCCUAAGAUAAUUGCAGUUCCAACACCUAUGGGGAACUUAAUUCCUAUUCAUCAGGUCCGAGAUGAUGUAGUAGCUGCUUUUAGAAAGGAGAUGGAGUGGCAAGUGACUGAAAAGCUUCUUCCUUACAAAAAAAUGUGUACUCGAGAAAAGGUGCAAGUAGAUAUUGUACUAGUUGAAUCAGAAGAUGUGGUCAAUGCAAUAGCAGGGGAGGUUGCUAAGUGUAGCAUCAACAAGCUUGUAAUAGGUGCUUCAUCUCGUAGGCUGUUCUCACGGGGACAAAACCUGUCCUCAAAGAUCUCAGAAUGCAGUCCAAGCUUUUGCACUGUGUAUGCUGUUUCAAAAGGAAAGUUGUCAUCUGUGCGCCCAUCUGAUUCAGAGACACAUAGAAGCAUAAAAGAUGACUGCAGUGAUAGUAGUCGUUUGACCAGUAGUAGUUCAAGCCCCAGUUCCAGCUCUCAAGCAGAAUGGACAGAUCGAAGCUCGACUGCUUCUUACUGUCUUCUUUCUCCUCCUUCACUGCCACUACAGCGGUUCCAAGCUCUUUCAACUAUUAAUCAAGCAUUAUGUCAUAGAAGAAUGAAUACAAAUGACAUCAUCUAUCAAAACAGCUUGUCUCUGAAGACGGGGGAUAGGGAUGGUGAUGCAACUUCUUGUCUCAGUAGUUCAGACACUAAUGAUGUAUACUCUGCAGCUUCUAGUUUCAGAAGCUUAAUACAAGAUGCCAUGUGGGUCAACGAUCAAGCUUCAGUUGCAGAUACUGUAACAGAUUUUUCAUCUGGAAAUCAGAUCAAUAUCAAUUUUGAGCUAGAAAAGUUGAGAAUUGAACUGAGACAUCUUCGAGGAAUGUAUGCAAUGGCCCAAAACGAGGCAAUAGAUGCUUCUAGGAAGCUAAAUGACCUUAACAAACGCCGGUUGGAGGACACUAUUAAGCUCAAGGAGAUUAUUCUUCAGGAGGAGGAAGCUAAAGAAUUAGCCAAAAAGGAGAAAGAAAGAUAUGAAGCUGCCAAGAGAGAAGCUGAUUAUAUGAAGGAAUGUGCUGAAAGAGAAGCCGCACAUAAGAAAGUAGCAGAGGCUAAGGCCUUGCGUGAGGCCAAAGAAAAAGAAAAACUUGAGAAUGCCUUGGUAGGCCAUGUGCAUCAAUACCAAAAAUUUACUUGGGAAGAAAUUGUGUCUGCUACUUUAUCAUUCUCUGAAGACCUAAGAGUAGGAAUGGGGGCAUAUGGAACUGUCUACAAGUGCAGUUUGCAUCAUACUGCUGCUGCAGUGAAAAUUCUGCACUCCAAGGACACUUACAGAACAAAGCAAUUUCAGCAAGAGCUUGAAAUCUUGAGCCAAAUUCGUCAUCCCCACUUGCUAAUUCUUUUAGGGGCAUGCCCUGAUCAUGGUUGCCUAGUAUACGAGUUCAUGAGGAAUGGUAGUCUGGAGGAGAGGUUGCUGAGAAAAAAUAAUUCACCUCCACUUCCCUGGUUUGAGAGGUUCCGAAUUGCUUGGGAAGUAGCCUCAGCUCUUGUCUUUCUCCAUGGCUCAAAGCCAAAAGCAAUCAUUCAUCGUGAUUUAAAACCAGCAAACAUAUUGCUUGAUCAUAACUUUGUAAGCAAAAUUGGUGACGUUGGCCUCUCAACAGUGCUGCAUUAUGAUUGUUCCUCUGUAUCUACUGCAUACAAGGAUACGGCUCCAGUUGGGACAUUUUGCUACAUCGAUCCUGAGUACCAAAGAACCGGAUUGAUCUCCCCAAGUUCUGAUGUUUAUGCUUUUGGAAUCGUUAUUUUGCAGUUACUAACUGCAAAACCACCAAUGGGAAUAGCCCAUUUGAUGGAAAAGGCUAUUGAGAACGAUUCCUUAAUGGAUGUACUUGAUCAAGAUGCCGGGGAAUGGCCAGUUAAAGAGACAAAAGAACUGGCAAUGUUAGCAUUGAGAUGCACGGAGCUUCGUGGUAAAGAUAGACCUGAUCUGAAAGAUCAAAUUCUUCCAGAAUUAGAGAAACUGAAGGAGACUGCUGAUAAAGGUCGAGAUUGGCCACCAAUUGCUAAACUGCUGCCACCAAAUAUGUUCGUCUGCCCCAUUCUCAAGGAUGUGAUGGAAAAUCCCUGUGUUGCUGCUGAUGGUUAUACUUAUGAUCGGAAGGCCAUAGAAGAAUGGCUGGAAGAAAAUGGUAAUUCUCCGAUGACAAACUUACCAUUGCCACAUAAGAACCUUCUUCCAAAUUACACACUUCUCUCUGCAAUUAUGGAAUGGAAAUCUGGAAGACAUUGAACUAAUAUUUAAUUAGCAGUUUCAGUAGUCAUUCUUCACUUGUGAAUAGGCUUUGUUAGUGGUAGAUAUUUAUCAUCAGAAGCGUCCCCGGAUUUAAAAUGUAUCAGUACCCUAAAUAAAUGAAUACAACCAAAAACUACCAUAUGAUUCUGGAUGACAAAAUUCUUCUUCCUCUUUCCAUUCUC